AUGUUACAAUGCGUUUACCAACAGCUGCCGUUGGACAGAAAUGAAGCAUCAAAUGUUAUUGAUCAAAUACCUGAUGUCAAUCAGUCGUCCAGUUAUGAUGACUACGAAGAAGGUGUCAAUAAUUUAGGUGUAGUUAGUGACAUUAAUGACGAGGAUUACAGAGAAGGUAUGACGAUAGAACAAUCUGGCGUUAAUUUACAUAGCUAUCGAAGUAAUGAAGAUGAUAGUAAAAUGGUUGUAGAUCCACCACGUUUACAUCAUUAUACAAAUGUUCGUACCCACGACGCAAUAGACACAUUAUUAUGUUGGUUACGUGCUUCAAAAGUGUGUAAAUUCCAUGAUGAUGGAAUUGUAAAAAUUAUCAGAAGCUGGCUACCAGUCCCAAAUAACUUACCGUCAACGUUGGAAGGAUUAUUAUCCUCUGGUAAUAGUGGUGGAUUAAGUGAUAUUCCAUUUGGUCAUACAUAUCAAGAAUUAUUAAAAAAAUUCUCCUCACAAAAUUUACUUAGUUUCAUUCUGCAUUUGGAUGAUAUAGGUUUAUGUAAAUCGACCAAAUUAAAAAUGUGGUUGUUAAGUACUUCUAUUAUUGAACUACCACCACGAUUACGUUAUCGUCGACAUAAUAUGCUAGUUGUAUCAAUAUGGAUUGGACACAAAGGUCCAAAUAUUCGCAUGUGGUUGGGUUAUAAUAUCCCUGGACGUAACAAACGACAGUAUCCGUAUGAAAAACCAUUGAAUCUUCGUGAUUCAAAAACGUUUACAUCAAAUUCCAAAAAAGCUGAAUCCGAUAGCAAAAAUGUAUUUGGUCAUUUGAGGAAAAGUAUUUUGGAACUUAUACUUGAUGUUCCACUUUCAACAUCAAUUUUAAUCGAUUUUCAACAUGUUACAUUAUUACGUCAUUUUCGAGGUGCUGUGACACAAAUAAGCAUUUUGUUAACACCGGCUUUACAUUUUUUAUAUAUCAAAGCAACAGAAUUACGUAAUUUAUUAUUGUAUGGAUUUUUACCACGUUUUUAUUCAAUAUUGGAAAUUGAUCGAGUUGCGCAUAUGGCUCUUUCUAUCUGUGGUAUUCGUUUAAUUCAUAGUCAUCCCACAUUCGGCCAACGAACAAGUGCUAUCGCAAAUGAACUUUUAACAAUAUUCUAUCGUUACCAUUCUAAGUUCUUUGAACAUUUACAAAAUUUUGUUCUUCACUUACAUGCACAUUAUGCGGAGAUGUUUGAUUUAAAUGGUGCAUUAUGUUACGUUAACACAUUUACACAAGAAGAUCUUAUUGGUUAUGUUGCAUCAAAUAAACAUGGCACUCGUUAUUUUGGUGAUCUUAUUGUUUAUUAUUAUAAUAUUGAUAUAGCCUUAAGCAAUUCAACCGAUCGUCAAAAUACAUCACCAGAUGGACCACAUGAUCCAUGUACUGAUGUUGAAAGUUAUGAAAUCGAUGCUUUGCAAACAUAUCAUCGGCGUGUUUGUAAUUGUACAUUAAUUCGUCGAUGUAUUUGUACAUAUCGCCGAUGUAUUUUGAAUCAACAAAUGUUUCACUCAACAUUUUAUCAGAGAUGUACAACGUCAAUAAGUUAUUUUGUUCAAUUACCUGAUGAUUCUGCAACAAACAAUAAGUUUAUGUUUGGCCGAAUUCAAGUAUUUUUCAAACAUAAAGAAGAAACAUAUGCACUCAUUCAAAAAUUUUCACAAAAAAGUUUGUUUAGUGAUUAUUUUAAAAAUUCCCAAUAUUAUGAACUAUUACGUGAACCAUUAGAUACAUUUUUCUUUGUAUUAGAAAAAUGUCCGUAUUAUUACAUCUUUUCUUAUUCAAUGGCUUCAAAAACAACAGAAAAAAAAGAAAAACCGACAGUUGGUAUGUUGGAUAUUGAAACUAUUAUCUUAUCCAGCUUAAAAUAUUUUAUUCAUUAUUUAUUUCAGAAACCAGUCAGACUGGCACAAUUGUGUGAUCCAAACCGAGAAAAUUUGGUUUUAUUAAAUGUUUGGAUUGGUAGUUUAAAAAAGCAUACAAUAUUAAAAAAUAGUGAACUACAAUCAAUAAAUCAAGAUAAAACACAAGUAAAAUGUAUCAUUAAUCAACAACGCUUAGUUGACAAUGUAAAAUAUUAUGGUGUUGAUGUAUCAAGUCUAAAUGAUAAUAUUGAUGUUGAUGGAUACGAGAAGAAGAAGAAUUUGAUGACGCAAAAAAUGGAAGCCGUUAGCUGGACAAGCCGACCAGUUAAUCGUAAUUUAAAUUAUAAUUAUUUUCCAGUUCCUUCUCGUCAAUAUCCGUUACUUGUUAAUUCACCGAGUAACUCUCCUUUGUGUCGACCUCGAGAAGACUCCGAUAAUGAUGAUCAUACUAAAGAUUUUGAUAAUGAUCCAACGGUUCGGACGGUGGAAUAUCGGAAGUCAAAACGGGACAGAUUUCCUAAUAAUGGCAAUGCGAGUAAUUAUCGACAAAAGUCGAUUGGUGUCAAUGUGUUGAGUAAUCAACAAAAAAAUCGCUCUGAUCUCGUUCGUUCAUCUUGUUCACCUCAAUCGAAAUUGUCUCAACAUUCGCAGUAUAACGCUCAACAGUGA